AUGCAGGAAGGCCAGCAGGGUCCUGCGAGCCACCCCAGCGACGCCUGCGGGAUCCAGGCCAGCCCGUUCCCCUGGAGAUCAGUGCAGGAGUUUGCAGCCACAGACCAGUUCCCAUGGGUGGUCGCACUGCAGGACAUGCAGCGCAACCUCCUCGCCUUCAGCUCCAUCCUGAACAAGCACUGGAUCCUCAGCACCGCAUCCAGCCUGCAGAGCAGGUCCGUGCCCUGUGAGGGGCCCUGCAUCACCCUGGGCAAGGGUGAUGCCAGCAACCCCAUCAUGUGCCAGAUUAGAGAGACUGAGAAAUGGGUCCUGAAAGGCAUUCUCAGUGAAAGCAGCAUGAGCUGCUACAGACCAUUCCUGUACACCCCAGUGUCCUACUACAGCCACUGGAUCUUGGCCACCACAGAGAGGACAGGACCUCCUGCAUUCCCCACGUUAGUCAGGUGCACACUUGGAGAUGUUGAACUCCCACAUAUCCCAGGGAACUCCCUCUGGUUCCUCCUGCAUUAA